AUGACCGUCACGAUGUUGUCUCUCGUCGCCGCCUCGAUCUUUGCGUGCAGCGCCCUUGCUGCUCCAGUCCAAGAAGGAAGAUUCACAUUCUACCCAGUACCCACCCCUCUCUCCGGAAUCUGCGAUCUGAGCGAGGACCCAACCAGGAAAUUCAUCUGGUAUGAGGACAUUCUCGUGAACCGAGUCGGUCGAUUCAACCCGGCGACUGGCGAGAUGAGAGACUUUGCGAUUCCAUUCACAACACCCGUGUCGAACCAAUCGUUCCCAAUUCCAGACGCUCUUCAGCAAAUCGUUGACCGCACCGCUUUCUCUUGCGCCAUUCGCAAUGGCGCCGACGGAAACAUGUAUGCGGCAAAUGGUGAUCGGAAUCAGCUUGUGAGGAUCCGCGACCAGGCGAGCGAGAACCCGAAGAUUGAUGUUCUGGGCCCAGUCGAUCCCACGGGCAACCUGUUCCCUUUCAACGACCUCUACACCACGGAAGAUGGUCUCUACAUUACGCAGACCACUGGCAACACGUUCGAGUUCUACAGCUUCAAAGACGAGACAUUCACGACAUACAACGUUCCUACACCGCUUGCCCUUCCACUUGGUGUCUUCGCUGCUUCGAAUGGCUUCAUCUACAUUCCCGAAUUGGUGGGCAACAAGAUUUUGGUGAGCUACGUCCAUGAUCAAAGACAAGCGACAUUUCGCUAACGCACGCUGCUCUAGGAAUUCCAACCAAAGACCAAACAAAUCACCGAAUACCCUCUGCCACUUCCGCUCCAAGGGCCCGCCGUUGCCCGCGCCGAGCACGACGGCAAAGUCUACUUCAGUCUCUUCCAAGGCGACGGAAUUGGCCGCAUCGACAUCACCACCAAGAAGAUCGAACUCUUCAACUCUGGCCAGCCCGGCGGUCUUGGCGGCGUCACUACUGGCCCAAGCAAGGAGGGCAGCGUCUUCGGCACUUAUUUCACCGUGAACGCCAUUUCUGUCCUCAACACACAGACGACAGAAUACAAUUUUAUUGCCUUCCCGGGUACAUUCCAGCAAUUUAUUCCGCAAGGUGGUGGUAAGUGAUUCUCCACGCAGACAGUGCGGAGAUGUCGAGUGCAAAUAGCUAACAAUUUCUCAUGUAGUCCUCGGAGACGCCCCACCGUACAUCGACGUCUCAGCCGAAUACCGCGAUAGCGAGAAUGCGCUGUACUUCGGUAGUAUUCUCCGGAAUGCUCUGGGCAAGUACGACUUGAACGGCACUGGGUACUAA